UCUUGUCCAAGUAACUAUCGCAUCACAGUGAGUGACCGAGUUCUUUUUCCAGAGACCUCUGCAGCGAUGGCGGGGAUCAUAAGCCCUAGCCCUACGGCUCUUUAUUUCACCAGUAAUGUCGGUGGGAGGAGACUGAAAGCGGUGAGCUGGGCGGGAAAGAGCGUCUCUGGGAACACUAUCCGCCGGAGAAGCUUGAGGAUUGCUGCAGAAGUGAAAUUCGUGAAUGCAGAAGAAGCAAAGCAGUUAAUAGCUGAAGAAGGUUACUCGGUGGUGGAUGUGAGAGACAAGACUCAGUUCGAGAGAGCUCAUAUAAAAUCUUGCUCCCAUAUCCCUCUCUUCAUUUACAACGAAGACAACGAUAUUGGCACCAUCAUAAAGAGGACAGUGCACAACAAUUUCUCAGGGCUCUUCUUUGGUUUGCCUUUCACGAAAGUGAAUCCGGACUUCCUUAAAUCCGUUAAAAACGAGUUUUCUCAAGACCGCAAACUUUUACUUGUUUGCCAAGAAGGUCUCAGAUCUGCAGCUGCAGCUAGUAGAUUGGAGGAAGCAGGUUACGAAAACAUCGCUUGUGUAACAUCAGGGCUACAAUCUGUAAAACCAGGGACAUUUGAAUCAGUUGGAUCCACCGAGUUGCAGAAUGCAGGCAAAGCAGGGCUUAUCACAAUUCAAGGCAAGAUCUCAGCAGUCUUAGGAACAGUGCUCGUGUGUGCUUAUUUGUUCAUACAGUUCUUCCCGGACCAAGCAGAGAAGCUCUUUCCUCCAACAAGCUAAGACAAGACAAAACAACAAUUGAUCCAGAGAAGUUUUCACCUGUUUUGAAUGUGUAGAGAUGCUUAAGAGAAAAGAUUGAAAAAGAUUUAUAUAGAUGGUAUUGAGCAAAGUUGAUAUCUGCUUAUAACAAUUGAAAGAAAUCAACACUUAAAAAGACAAGGUUGCA